AUGGAUAAAGAAGCUCAACAAGCAGGGAAAGAGCAGGAAAGGGGAGAAGAAGUUCGUUACCGGGGAGUUAGGAGGAGGCCGUGGGGGAAAUACGCGGCGGAGAUUCGAGACCCCACGAGGCAGGGUGCCCGUUUGUGGCUAGGGACGUUCAACACGGCUGAGGAGGCGGCUCGAGCUUACGAUAGAACUGCAUUUAGUCUAAGAGGUCAUCUUGCAAUACUCAAUUUUCCGAACGAGUAUUAUUCUCAACUCCCAGACUCUCCUCAGCCUCGUCCUAAUUUUUCGCCGGCAGGUGGUGGUAGCAAUAGAGAGAGUUUUGAGCAGCUGGGAAGUUCGUCGUCGAGUGGUGGACGAGGAAAGCAAGUGUUCGAGUUCGAGUACUUGGAUGACAAAGUGUUGGAGGAACUUCUUGAACCAGAAGAGGAAAAAAGGAAGAAGUAAUGAAGGACAUGGCAAUUCCUUCUCGAUCUUUUAUGUCUUUGUGGGAUUAUGUAGUCGAGUUUACACAUGUUAGCUUGAA